CCGCCCGCCGCCCCGCACCGGCUCUCACCGCCACUGCCGAAAUCGGCCCCGGCACCCGCGCUCCAGGUGAUGGUGUAGCAGCGGCUGCUCCCGCAGCAGCACCCCGGGCACGCAAAGCUGGCUCCCUGCGCCAUGGUCACCCACAGCAAGUUCCCCGCCGCCGGGAUGAGCCGCCCCCUCGACACCAGCCUGCGCCUCAAGACGUUCAGUUCCAAAAGCGAGUACCAGUUGGUGGUGAACACCGUGCGCAAGCUGCAGGAGAGUGGAUUCUACUGGAGCACGGUGACCGGCGGUGAGGCCAACCUGCUGCUGAGCACCGAGCCCGCAGGCACCUUCCUCAUCAGGGACAGCUCGGACCAGCGGCAUUUCUUCACCCUCAGCGUCAAGACAGAGUCAGGCACCAAGAACCUGCGCAUCCAGUGCGAGGGUGGCAGCUUCUCCCUGCAGAGCGACCCUCGCAGCAGCCAGCCUGUGCCCCGCUUCGAUUGCGUGCUCAAGCUGGUACAUCACUACAUGCCACCCGCACCCGUCCCUGAGCAGCCAGGGGGGGCCCUGCAUCCCAAACGCACCUACUACAUCUACUCGGGUGGUGAGAAGAUCCCCUUGGUGCUGAGCCGCCCACUCUCCUCCAGUGUCUCUACCCUGCAGCACCUCUGCCGCAAGACCGUCAAUGGGCACCUGGACUCCUAUGAGAAGGUGACUCAGCUGCCAGCUCCCAUCAAGGAGUUCCUGGACCAGUAUGAUGCCCCUCUCUAAGGGGACAGCGGAGCAAAGUUACAUGCUACAAGCACAAGAGCAGGGGACAGGCACAAUUCCCCAACAGCAUGGGGACUCACAGGGCAUGCCAAGCCUCUCCCUCCAGGAAGGAGAGGAGAGGGACUGGGGUGAGCCACUGUGGCCAGCACAGCCUGGCACACUUGGUGCUGGAGGGGAACCCCAAGGAAGUGUGUCAGCCCCUCUCCAUGGGGAAGGAGACUGCUCUGGUUGGACUGUGGAUGUUACAGUGUGCCCAAUGCAGAGGCCUCUCCAUCACAGCCAGAGAGAUGCUGUCGACAAAGCAUCCAUGAACUCAGGCAGCCAGGACAUCACCCACAGCACAGGGGAACAUGCACCCUGGCAGCCACAUCCCCACUGCUGCGGUGAGAUCAUACCUGAGGUGUCUUGGCAAGAGCACCUUCCUGCCACCCAAGCACGGAAAGCACUGGAGCCCAGCGAGUGCCUGAUCGCUUUUCCUCCGUUUUAAGGGGAAAGUGUUUUUUGCCCAUACUGUACUUUACCUCUUGCUGCCUCCCUGUGGGUGGAAGCUCCUUUCACACCAGGCCCCAGACUUGGAGGUCGCUGCCUUUUUCCCCCAGCUGCCAUUUUCCAGGGGACUAAGCCUUAAUCUUAUCCCUGCCCCAUGGUUUGGGUUACUGCACAUCAUUUGGUGACGCUGCACCAAUAACAGUCCCGGUGACGUGCCACAAAACUGGAGGGGAGAGACCACGUCCCGAUACCACUGAGAAUCCUGCACGACCUCAUCUGCCAGGAGCACCCCAGGGACUCGGUGCUGCCACCAGACCGUUAUUCCUGAGCGUCACACCCCACAUCUGCCCAGCUGCUCCCUGCAGACCUUUGCCACGCUGCUCUGCGGGGACACCAAAUUCCCCCAGGAGCGUGGCAGGAGGAUUCUUUGGAGCGUGUCGUCUCGCAAGUGCUUUUCUGCCUGUGUCCAGAGAAGCAGUUGGGAUUUUCUGGCUUUUUUUUUUUUACUUGCUUUUUUUUUUAAACCAAAGGGAUGUUUACAGGCCAACGUGAAUCACUGUCUUUUAUAAAGAUUCCAUCUUCACCUCCAGCCUUGAGGGCUGAGCAAAACCAUGCUUGAAAAUUCAACCAAACCAAAACUCAGAUGAAACUUUGCACAUAUUUAUAUUUAUAUUCAGAAAGGAAAUGUUUCCAUAAUUUAUAAUAAAGAGCACUAUUUUUUAAUGAAACAAAA